GGGAGCGGCACCCGUAAGAGGCAAAUUUAUGACCGCGCCCGCCACUCUGGCGGCCAAAGUCACAUGACCGCCGCUGACCUGACCCAUCCGGUUGAGAGGCGUCACUUCCGGCGCGCCCGCCCGCGGUGCAGGCCGGGAUAGCAUCCGGGCCUGCCUGUCGGGGUGAGAAGGCGCGAGGCGGAGGCCCCCAACCCGCCCGGCACCAUGGCGAUGCAAGCGGCCAAGCGAGCCAACAUUCGGCUGCCUCCUGAAGUCAAUCGGAUUUUAUAUAUCAGAAACUUACCGUACAAAAUUACAGCUGAGGAAAUGUAUGAUAUUUUUGGAAAAUAUGGACCUAUUCGGCAAAUCAGAGUUGGAAACACUCCAGAGACUAGAGGAACAGCAUAUGUAGUUUAUGAAGACAUCUUUGAUGCCAAGAAUGCUUGUGAUCAUCUGUCAGGAUUCAAUGUGUGCAACAGAUACCUUGUUGUCUUGUACUACAAUGCAAACAGGGCAUUCCAAAAGAUGGACACAAAGAAGAAAGAAGAGCAGCUGAAACUUCUCAAGGAGAAAUAUGGAAUAAACACAGAUCCACCAAAAUAAAGAUGAGCUCUUUUGGAACGAUUAUUUUAACUCUUGCCACAGUAUUUUCGGACUGAACCUCAUAAGGACUGUUAAUCAAGUUUGAUUAUUUUCAUUUGACCCUUUUACUGCUAUGCCUCAUUCAUAGACUAUUAAUUUUGAAGCUUUGAUAUUUUAAGUUUGGAAUUUACUAAAUAAAUGUAGUUCACUUUUGGAUUUGGUCUAAAUUACUUACAUUUUAGUAAUUCCAUCAAGUGAACACACUUUCUCCUAAAUAUCAAGGAGACCAUGUCAUUGGUGCAUAACCGUAGUGUCUGUUUCCAGUGUUAUGACAAGUUUUUGAUUCAGUCCUGGUGAAAUUCCUCACCCUAGAUGGCUUGCACUAGACUUUGUGCACCACUUAGCUUCCAUGUUUAGGGUAAGUGGCUUUGUGUGGACUCUCUACAUAAGAGUGAAUUUCAUCCCAUAUAUGUAUAAAAAUCAGGCACCAUGAAUAAAUGGGGG